AUGGGUGACCUGGUGCAGCGCAUUAGAGUGCUGCAGGGCGUCAAUCGAUAUGAGGGCGGCCGGGUGGACCUGAGUACGGUGCCCUUUGAGUACCUGCAAAACCUGGUCAAUGUGGAAAUCCUGAGGCAAGCAGCUCCGGAGCUCGGUAUUGAUCCCAGCGACGAGGCAAUUGAGAACGAGUUGCGCAGGAGGUAUACACCCACAGUCCCUGAAGGGCAGGAAGUUGACCCAGGUCAGCUUGACCGGGAGUUCCGAAACAAUUACCAGACAUUCCUCACGGCGACCGGGUUGACCGACUCGGAAUUCCGGGUGAUCGUCGAGGAGGAAAUCACGGAAUUUGGGCUGUUCCUGUUGAUGGGCCAAGAGAUUGAGAGCCCGCAGACUCAUGUGGAAGUCCGUUGGAUUAGACUGUCUAUUGAUCCGAGCGAAUCCGGUUCCAGCGGCCUGUUGCCAGACCAGGUGGCACAGCGAUUGGAGGUGGAGCCCUUCGAGACGGAGCCCGUGAGGUUAAUCGUUCCGCCGGAUACUCCGAUCCCUCCGGCUACGUUGGCUGGGUGCCCGAGGGCGCUUUCCCCAACCUGGACCGCCUGA